GUUGAGGAUGUUUGCCAGAAGCAAGUGGAAAAAGAGAGAAAAUCACAGCUCCCUUCAGCACAGAACACUUCCCGUGAAAAUCUUGUCUAUAAAGACAUCCAAAAGACAGAAGUUAGCCCUCUGCCUGAGGGAGAAGAUGAAAAGGUUGCUGCAAGGGCCUGUGGAUAAAUUGUCUACAAACCAUGACCGCCAGGUCUCCCCGGUGGAAAUAGAUGGUGACCUGUUUGUAUGUGGCAUAACGAGCAUAACGAGAAAAUCGGAUAACACCGUCAUCCAAGCUGCUUCUGAACUCAUGGAUGUGACUAAGGAUUCCAAGCCAGCAAUUGGUCUUUGUGCUGACAAGGUAGAGUCCAAAUGGGACACCAGUUCCAGUUAUCUUUGAAUUCUGAGGAGCUCAAUGGAAAUGACCAUACUGACCAAGAUUUCUUCAGAUGAGCAGACUUCUGAGUUGGUCUCCCCCUUGUCAAAGCAAUGGACUUUCCUCAGACCAGCCAGAUCUUUCCACCAUAAGUAUCACAAUGAGCUGGAAGGAAAUCAGUGAAAAUCUCUUGGAGUCCAGCCCUGGGAGUAGCCCUGCAGCCAGUGACCGCUCUGCCGAUGUAAUAGAAUAUAUCCUUAAGGAACUUCAAGGCAUCAGCCGAAUUCAGGCGGAGAUCGCUGAAUUGCAGCAACAUUUAAGCUUGAUUACAGGUUCUGUUGAAGAGGUGUCCACUUGUGUUGACUCAGUUCUGAAUGAGAUUGAAGGCUUGCAGGGCGGGGUUGGGACAUUCCCAAAAACAUCUGUACUAUCUCCUAGCAUAGAGUCUGUUAGAGAUCCAUUAUGUGAUGGGACGGUGUUGUAUUUUUUUGGAAUCUCAGAGUAUGAAGAUGAAAACACAUUGGAGAGGGUUCACUGCUUCUUGUGUGACCACCAUUGCUUUAAUGGUAUCCAAAGCACCGAGUAUAUAAAAGAAGCCUACAGGGUUGGCAGUGGGUCCGAUGCUCUGUUAGGGCCUAGGCCAACUAUUGUUAAGCUUUCUCAUCCAAAUCACAGAGAAGCUAUCCUUCAAAAAUCUGUCAGCUUUCAGAGUUCUGGAGUGAGAAUUGUUCCUUUUGAAGAGCAUGAUUUUCAAAACCGGCUGAGAGCCAACUCGCUCUCUGUGCUACAACAGGGCCUGAGAGAGAACAGGUGGAGUUCUCUGAGUCUAGAUAAGGCAGUGGUAAGGACAGAUGAUACCGGGGGUGAACGCAAAACGGAGUCAUUUCGCAUAAGAUAUCAGAACAAAAGCACAGAAGCUCCGUGUGGUGCCGAGGAAUUUCUCUUUGCACAAAAAUGCACACUUGCCAAGAAAUGCAGUUUAUCGGAAACUGAGGCAACGAGGGGUGAAAUGAAGGAAAGCUGUGAACAAUGUUUGGAGAAAAGUGUAAGUAAACUUUGUAUCCGCCUUGACUCACAAGAAUCUCAAAAAAACCUUCAUUUCACCAAUCUGCCUUCCACCGGUGAGACGAAGACUUGCCGAUGCUCUAGACUGCUAACUCGCUCUAACCAUCUGAGUGCAUCCGCAGAGGCUGAGGAAGCAGAGAUUGCUAUACAUAGAUGUUGCUCCAUCGUUGAUGACCACGAAGGCUUAGUCAAAGAAGGUGACCUGGUCCCCUGUGAUUCCCGGGUCCAGUUUAGAAGUACAGAAAAAAUAAAUGUGAUCAUUAAAGACCCUUCAGGCAGUUUCACCUCUUUAAGCUUCGAUGACACCGUAGACAAGUGCUCUGUUGGGACAGUAGCAGAAACAUUAAAAGAGGUGGUCCAUAUAGACCUAGAAGGUCAGGAUAAGACUGGUUACGUAUUUAGAGAUUAUCUUGAUCAGCCAACUGAAAAUAUAGAUAUAGUAGACAUUAAGUUUUAUGCAAAUAAAUUGGGUAAAGCUCUUAAUCAUUUCCGAUCAGCUUUAAAAGUUGUUUUUAAUAAACUUGAAAGUCCUGAUGUCUUUAUGGAACAUAAAGAGCCCAGUUUCCCAGUGCCCGAUUGCGAAACCUUACAAAGACUGAACAGCAUUGGCAGUGGCCACUUCAAUGACAGUCUUCCUACGCAAUCCAGCAUGAGUAAUAGCUACAGCUCCAGUUCCAAUCUUAAAGAAGAUGCCUACUUUGUGCUUAACCGGGUCCCAUCUCUGCCACAUGAAUCUUCUAUCCCAUCCUUGAUACUUUCCCCUGAUGUAGACCUUAAAGCCCCUCAGACAAUAUCAUCUCCUGAGCAGAUGACUGAAGUCGAUGAGCUGGUAGAGGUAAUAAGGGAGGGUAGACCUCUAAGGCUUGAUCAGGUGUGCGUGGAGACCAUAUAUCUCAACAAAUGCAUCAACAACUUCAAAAAUGUAUUGCGGGAGAAAAAGAAAAUGCAACGGAAGCUCUUGAAGGACAUAGUGCAGGAAACCUUUUGGGUUUCUGGUGAAGAGAUGACCUCAGAGGGGAAUAGAGCUGAAUUUCAGACCCAGGACGAUGGAGAUCCAUCCAAACCACCGUGGUUCAAAGGCGGUCCUGGUGGCGGUUUGUAUGGCAUUGACAGCAUGCCGGAUCUUCGCAAGAAGAAGCCAAUCCCAUUGGUCAGCGAUUUGGCGAUGUCCCUGGUCCAGUCCCGUAAGGCCGGCAUCACCUCUGCUAUGGCCACUCGCACUUCUCUCAAGGACGAAGACUUGAAAUCACAUGUGUACAAGAAAACCCUCCAAGCCUUAAUCUACCCCAUUUCCUGCACAACCCCCCACAACUUCGAGGUCUGGACCGCCACCACCCCCACCUAUUGCUACGAGUGCGAGGGUCUGCUGUGGGGGAUCGCCCGACAGGGGAUGCGCUGCUCCGAGUGCGGGGUCAAAUGUCAUGAGAAGUGCCAAGACCUGCUGAACGCCGAUUGCCUGCAGAGGGCGGCAGAGAAGAGUUCGAAGCACGGAGCGGAGGACCGCACGCAGAACAUCAUUAUGGCCAUGAAGGAUCGGAUGAAAAUCCGGGAGAGGAACAAGCCAGAAAUUUUCGAUGUGAUCCGAGAUGUCUUCACCAUCACCAAAGUGAUCCAUGCUCAGCAGAUGAAGACCGUGAAACAAAGUGUGCUGGAUGGCACGUCAAAGUGGUCAGCCAAGAUCACUAUCACCGUUCUCUGCGCUCAGGGUCUACAGGCCAAGGACAAGACGGGCUCCAGUGAUCCCUACGUCACCGUUCAAGUGGGGAAGACCAAAAAGAGGACGAAAACCAUCUACGGCAACCUCAACCCCGUGUGGGAGGAGAAAUUUCACUUCGAGUGCCAUAACUCUUCUGAUCGGAUCAAGGUUCGGGUGUGGGACGAGGAUGACGAUAUUAAGUCACGGGUGAAGCAGAGGCUGAAGAGAGAAUCGGACGACUUCCUUGGGCAGACGAUUAUUGAAGUGCGGACGCUGAGCGGGGAGAUGGAUGUUUGGUAUAAUCUAGAGAAAAGAACAGACAAGUCCGCCGUCUCAGGUGCCAUCCGCUUGCAGAUCAGUGUGGAGAUAAAGGGAGAAGAGAAGGUGGCCCCGUACCAUGUCCAGUACACGUGUCUCCAUGAGAACCUGUUCCAUUACCUGACGGACAUACAAGGGAGCGGGGUGGUGAAGAUCCCAGAGGCCAAGGGUGACGACGCUUGGAAAGUUUACUUUGAUGAGACCGCACAGGAGAUUGUGGAUGAGUUUGCAAUGCGCUAUGGGAUUGAAUCCAUAUAUCAAGCCAUGACGCACUUUGCCUGCCUGUCCUCGAAGUACAUGUGCCCGGGAGUCCCAGCCGUCAUGAGCACCCUACUGGCCAACAUCAAUGCCUACUACGCUCACACCACGGCCUCCACCAACGUGUCCGCCUCUGACCGCUUCUCGGCCUCCAACUUCGGGAAAGAACGUUUCGUGAAGCUCCUGGAUCAGCUGCACAAUUCUCUGCGGAUCGAUCUCUCUAUGUACAGGAACAAUUUUCCUGCCAGUAGCCCCGACAGGCUCCAGGAUCUGAAGUCCACUGUGGAUUUAUUGACCAGCAUCACGUUCUUCCGAAUGAAGGUACAAGAACUACAGAGCCCCCCGCGUGCCAGCCAGGUGGUCAGAGACUGCGUCAAGGCCUGCCUGAACUCCACCUAUGAGUAUAUCUUCAACAACUGCCAUGAGCUGUACAGCCGAGAGUACCAGGCCGACCCGAACAAGAAGCAAGAUCUACCUCCUGAAGAGCAAGGGCCUUGUAUAAAGAACCUGGACUUCUGGCCCAAGCUGAUCACGCUGAUCGUAUCGAUCAUCGAGGAAGAUAAGAACGCCUACACUCCCGUCCUAAACCAGUUUCCCCAGGAGCUGAGUGUUGGGAAGGUCAGCGCCGAGGUCAUGUGGAACCUCUUCUCACAAGAUAUGAAGUACGCUAUGGAAGAGCACGAGAAGCACCGGCUAUGCAAGAGUGCCGACUACAUGAACCUCCAUUUCAAGGUGAAGUGGCUGUACAAUGAGUAUGUCCGAGACCUGCCGGCCAUGAAGGACAAAGUGCCUGAAUAUCCCGCGUGGUUUGAGCAGUUUGUCAUGCAGUGGUUGGAUGAGAACGAGGAGGUCUCUCUGGAAUUCCUCCACGGGGCUCUGGAGAGGGACAAGAAAGAUGGGUUCCAGCAAACGUCAGAGCAUGCUCUCUUCUCCUGUUCUGUGGUGGACGUGUUCACACAACUCAACCAAAGCUUUGAGAUUAUUAAGAAACUUGAGUGCCCAGACCCGGUCAUCGUGGCCCACUACAUGCGCAGGUUUGCCAAGACCAUCAGUAAAGUCUUGCUGCAGUAUUCUGAAAUUCUCUCCAAAUCCUUCCAGUCGUACUGCUUCAAGGAGAAGCUGCCCUGCAUAUUGAUGAACAACGUCCAGCAGCUCCGGGUACAACUGGAGAAGAUGUUUGAAGCCAUGGGUGGAAAGGAGUUGGAUCCUGAGGCCAGCGACACGCUGAAAGAGCUCCAGGUGAAGCUGAACAAUGUCUUGGAUGAGCUGAGUGCAGUGUUUGGAAACAGCUUCCAAUUCCGGAUAGAUGAAUGUAUUAAGCAGAUGUCAGAGAUUCUCUGCCAUGUGAAGGGCACCGGCAAUGUACCAGCCAACGCCAGGAACACGGUGGCACAGGAUGCUGACAAUGUACUGCGCCCCCUGAUGGACUUCUUGGAUGGAAACCUGACGCUGUUCGCCACGGUGUGCGAGAAGACGGUGCUGAAGCGCGUGCUGAAGGAUCUGUGGCGGGUGGUGAUGAACACGAUGGAGAAGAUGAUUGUCCUGCCACCUCUCACAGACCAGUCGGGGACUCAGUUGAUUUUCAGUGCAGCAAAGGAACUGGGCCAGUUAUCAAAGCUAAAGGAUCACAUGGUUCGAGAAGAGACUCGGAGUCUGACCCCAAAGCAAUGUGCGGUCAUGGAUCUGGCUCUGGAUACUAUCAAGCAAUAUUUUCACGCUGGAGGAAACGGGCUGAAGAAAACGUUCCUGGAGAAGAGUGCGGAGUUGCAGUCUCUGCGCUACGCCCUCUCGCUCUACACACAGACCACAGACACGCUCAUCAAGACCUUUGUGCAAUCACAGACGGCACAAGGCUCUGGUGUGGAUGACUCGGUGGGAGAGGUGUCCAUACAGAUUGACCUGUUCACUCAUCCAGGAACCGGCGAGCAGAAGGUGACUGUUAAAGUGGUGGCCGCGAAUGACCUCAAGUGGCAGACGACCGGCAUGUUCCGACCCUUCGUGGAGGCCACUGUGAUUGGACCUCAUCUGAGCGACAAGAAGAGGAAGUUCACCACCAAGUCCAAGAGCAACAACUGGGCUCCCAAAUACAACGAGACCUUCCACUUUAUUCUGGGCAACGAGGACGGUCCGGAGUGUUACGAGCUGCAGGUCUGCGUGAAGGACUAUUGCUUUGCCCGGGAGGACCACGUGCUGGGAAUCUCUGUCAUUCAGCUGCGUGACAUCGUAGACAAAGCCAGCUGUGCCUGCUGGUGCCCACUGGGCCGCCGCAUCCACAUGGAUGACACGGGACUGACAAUCCUUCGCAUUCUCUCCCAGCGGACCAACGACGAGGUGGCCCGGGAGUUCGUCAAGUUGAAAUCAGAGAUCCGCUCCACUGAGGAGGGAAGCUGAGCCACGAAAGCUGCAUCUUCUAGUAUGUGCCAAUUAUACCGACCCUCGCUCGGUGGCUGCCCUCGGACCGGAAAGGGAAGGCGAUAAGCGAGCAGAAUAUUUAUUUUUUAGUUGCAGACACCACAGACGAACACAUAGUCUCUCCAGUGUCUUGUAAAUAAGAUAUUUAUAUAGAAAGGACUCUGUUGGUGACUGUAUUGGCCGCCUCCUGUGCUCUUAAAGGUGUGAGAUUUCUGGGACAGACUGAGGAUGGUCUGGCUCUGGAACUCGCAGGUGUACAAGGUGCAAGAUUUUGGGGACAGACUGACUGGGACGGUCAGGUUCUGGAACUCGCAGGCGUAUACGGUGCAAGAUUUCUGGGACAGAUUGAAGGUGGUCGGGUUUGGAUCUCGUGGGCGUACAAUAACACUUUGUUCCUCUAGAGCAGCCUUUCUCAACCUUUUUAAAAUGAAGGAACCCUUGAAAUAGUUUUCAGGUCUCAGGGAAUCCCUUCUUAUAAUUACUAUAGGUCACAUCACAUUAACAUAAACAGUGAAUUAAGAUAUAAGGAUAAAAAGAAGAAGAAAUUUGUCUCAGUGUAUUUGACACCCAGUGCUACUCUAUACAAGUUUUCAAUCACAUUGGUGGUCAGUGGAAAAGCACCCUCUUGCACUGGUGGUCAGAGAUGUUCCCCUUACAUUGGUGGUCAGUGUAGUGCGCCUCUUUACAUUGGUUAUAAAUGUAGUCCCCCCCCCUUUUUAUAUUGGUGAUUUGUAAAGAAGAGCCCCCUUACAUUGGUUGUCACAGAAGAAGGUCUUAUGUUGGUUGUCAGUGAAAGAGGGCCUCUUUAUGUUGGUUGACAGUUAAGGAGGCCUCCUUGCAUUGGUUGUCGGUGAAGAAGGCCUCCUUACGUUGGUUGUCAGUGAAGAGGGCCUCCUUACAUUGGCUGUCAGCGAAGAGGGCCUCCUUACAUUGGCUGUCAGCGAAGCGGGCCUCCUUACAUUGGCUGUCAGCGAAGAGGGCCUCCUUACAUUGGCUGUCAGCGAAGAGGGCCUCUUUACAUUGGCUGUCGACGAAGAGGGCCUCCUUACAUUGGCUGUCGACGAAGAGGGCCUCCUUACAUUGGCUGUCGGCGAAGAGGGCCUCCUUACAUUAGCUGUCAGCGAAGAGGGCCUCCUUACAUUGGCUGUCAGCGAAGAGGGCCUCCUUACAUUGGCUGUCAGCGAAGAGGGCCUCCUUACAUUGGCUGUCAGCGAAGAGGGCCUCCUUACAUUGGCUGUCAGCGAAGAGGGCCUCCUUACAUUGGCUGUCAGCGAAGAGGGCCUCCUUACAUUGGCUGUCAGCGAAGAGGGCCUCCUUACAUUGGCUGUCAGCGAAGAGGGCCUCCUUACAUUGGCUGUCAGCGAAGAGGGCCUCCUUACAUUGGCUGUCAGCGAAGAGGGCCUCCUUACAUUGGCUGUCAGCGAAGAGGGCCUCCUUACAUUGGCUGUCAGCGAAGAGGGCCUCCUUACAUUGGCUGUCAGCGAGGAGGGCCUCCUUACAUUGGCUGUCAGCGAGGAGGGCCUCCUUACAUUGGCUGUCAGCGAAGAGGGCCUCCUUACAUUGGCUGUCAGCGAAGAGGGC